UAACACUCUCACUAACACAUUUCCAAGGUUCAAAUCAAACCCCUUCUUCAACAUUCACCACCACAACAUCAUCAUGGGCUUUGCACGGUGGCUCAACCGCACUGUGGGCUUCUUUGUCUUCUCCCUCCUCGACAUUGCCGAUUUCUUGCUUUGUUUUACGUACAAGACUUUGGAUUACUUCUUGGAGUCAGAGAGGAAACCUUGCUACUGCUAUUCUCCACCAGAGGCUAAAGCCAAGACCGAGAAGAUCAUAGUGUCGGAACGGGGAGAGUACUCAAAGGUUGUGUCAUUGACAAGAAAUAAGAUCCAUUUCGAUGAGAUCUCGGACACGCUCUACUCACGUGGUCCUUCACUUCUAACGAGGCUCUCUAAGCUCGUGAGGUCCGUGAAAUGUUUUAAUUAUAGGGGUUUGAUCAUGAGAGGCAAUGUGGUGGAAUCUUGUGAUCACGAUGAGUCUAAGAAGAAGAAGAUUAGUAAAAGUAAAAAGAGAUUAAUGACUUUUAAUUCUACGGUGGUUGAGAAAUCUUCGACAGCUCCAAGAUGGUCGGAUUGUCAUUGCAGUUUCUGCACUUCUUGGCUCACUUCUUCCAACAAAGAUUCUCUGUUUGUCAAAGUUCAACAACCCAAAGAUAAAAAGAAGGUCCGAGACAACGUUAUGUUUAUACAUGGUUUCGUAUCAUCAUCCGCAUUUUGGACGGAGACUCUCUUCCCAAACUUUUCUGAUUCGGCCAAAUCAAAGUAUAGGUUCAUCGCAGUCGAUCUUUUGGGCUAUGGAAGAAGUCCUAAGCCAAAUGACUCGUUAUAUACACUAAGAGAACAUUUAGAGAUGAUUGAGAAAUCGGUGAUCUCUCAGUUCAAACUUAAAACGUUCCACAUCGUCGCUCACUCCCUAGGCUGCAUUUUAGCUCUUGCACUCGCCGUUAAACAUCCAGGAGCUAUCAAAUCCCUUACUCUUUUGGCUCCUCCAUAUUACAAGGUGCCAAAGGGAGUCCAACCGGCCCAAUACAUAAUGAGGGAAGUGGCUCGAAAGGAAGUUUGGCCACCGAUGCAGUUUGGUGCAUCAGUGCUUAGCUGGUACGAGCACCUAGGCCGCACCAUUGGCCUCGUCCUUAUCAAAAAUCAUCACUUGAUUGAAUUUGUCACCCGCCUUCUCACUUUAAACAGGUACAUAUAUAUACCAUACAAANAAUACUGUAACUAA